AUGGCCAUCUCGACCCUAGGUAUUCUGCUGCUCCUUGCUGCACUGGCCCAUGGUUACAUCAAUCCAAAAACCUACAAGAGGGCUCUGAUACAGCAAGGAAUCCCAGAGAAAAUGAUUCCACAUAAAGAAAUUGAUCAGCUUAUACGUAAAAUCGAUAGGGCGCAAAGUACAAAGGACAUUGAUGCAGCAGAAAAGGAGUUUCGUCUUGCUGUGAAGAAGUCGUACAGGUGGCGAUUUCCCAGAUUGGAUCAAGGGCUUGCUCGGGUGAACAGGAUCUUCAGAUGGAUUAUCACAUUCCAGACACAACUGGGACGAUUGUUCAACGCUUUCAACAUACCGGCAAGAGCAGGAUCCAACCUUCUCUACAAUAUUAGAUACGGCUAUCAAAGGGACUCAAUGAGGCACGAAGGUGACUUCUCGAAAGUUCACCUAGCACUCAAGGGCGCUGUUCUAAAAGAGGCAGCAAAAUGGCUGAGUAGAGAAGAGCUAGGACAACUUCUGAAUCAACUGAACGAACUCGAUCGAAAGGAACGACCGAACAUAAUGAGGGCCAUCAACUUGACUCGUCCAAAGUGA